AUGAUUUCAAUGAGAACAUCUUCCGUUGUGGGUUAUGUACCUCAAUCCAGUGAGCCUCAUCAUUGUGGUUACUGCGGAAAAAAUGGCAGUCGUCAUGCGGCAGGAAUUUGGGGCCACCGAUUACGUGUAUCUGAUUAUCAAAUUUUAAUGGAUCGCGGAUGGAGAAGGUGCGGUAAAUUCAUAUACAAGCCUGAUUUACAAAAAUCUUGCUGUCCUUUAUAUACAAUCAGAAUUGAAGCGUUAGAGUGCGUCAUUUCCAAAUCACAUAGAAAGGUUAUUAAGAAAGUGAUGAAUUAUUUGCAAGGGAACACCACACUGGAAGAACUGAAAAGAAAACAUGAAGAAGGAAAUGAUACUCAGCAAAUCGAUACUAAAUCUCAUAAUGACAAUGUAAAAAAAUCGAUUGAUGGAGAAAAAGGCAAAAAUCAGCGAGAUGCGUCAGUCUUACACCAAAACAAUGUGGAAGCAAAAGCUACUUCCCGAGGGCCAGAUCCAACCAAGCCCAAGCGUAGAAAGGCGAAGGAUAUUAGGAGAGAGAAAAAAUUGGAAAAGCUCUCAAGAGAGUCAGACAUGACCACGGAACAAAUAAAGAAGCACAUUGAGGAAGCAAAGGAGAAAGAAGUGAAAGAAAACAUACAGAAACGCGUACAGAUAUUGGACGAACUUUUUAAGCAAAUGGCGCCUACUUUAACCCCUGGUCAUAAGUUAGAGGUUAAACUUGUAUUAGCAGAUCGAAGCCUUCCUCAAUUUCAGCUAACGUUUAAAAAAUCGCACGAAAUAUAUCAGAAAUAUCAGAUGGCAAUCCAUAAUGAUAGACCCGACGAAUGCGAUGAAGGGCAGUUUAAACGUUUCCUGAUCGAUACUGCGUUAAUGUUUGAACGAUCUCCAGAAUUUCCUAGUACUGGGUGUGGAACCUUUCACCAACAAUAUUAUCUGGAUGGUGAGCUCAUUGCUGUUGGUGUAUUGGAUAUUUUACCGCAGAGUUUAUCUUCUGUCUAUUUCUUUUAUGACCCUGACUACGCAUUUUUUAGCCUUGGCGUAUUUUCUUGCUUGAGGGAGUUAUCCUUUGCACGUCAGAUAAAUCGUGACACUCCUUCUAUGCAAUAUUACUAUAUGGGUCUUUAUAACUAUGAUUGCAAAAAGUUAACCUAUAAGGGACAGUAUGAUCACAGUUACUUACUGUGCCCUGAGACCUACGUUUGGACACCUUUACCAGAGUGUAUUCCUAAAUUUAAAGUUACUAAAUACUCUAGACUUUAUCAUGGUUCUGAAAAUAAUAAUCCAGAGACAGACUACAACAAAGUUCACAUUAUGUUCAUGAAUCGAAUUAUGACAUUUCCGGUUUAUUGUAAACUUAGUGAAAGUUAUGAAACCGAAGUUGCUGAAAAUUAUGCCAAGCAUGUCGGCUUAACCUUGUGUCGACGAAUGCUACUGCAUAGGUCGUAA